ACCCAUCAUAAGACACUCCCUCAUCACCUUACAUUUUCCAUAACCCAAUCUCAAUUUUUAUUUUAUUUUUUAUUAACAAAACAUAUUAUUAUAUAAAAUCAAAGAAAAACAAGAAUCAUUCCCUUUGGAAACACAGCAAUGGCUGCAACAUCUUCUUCAAACCUCCUUCACUUCUCCAGUUGUCACUCAAUUUCACGUCUAUCCCCUCUCAACACCACUCUCUUAUCAUGCUCCAAGAGGCGACCAAUGGCGGCUGCCGGUGUCGCUUCUACCACCACAGGCGGAAUACGGUGCAUGGCGGUGGCUGAGUCCGUAAAGAAGAGAAGUUCUUAUCAGAUUGAGACAUUGACAAACUGGCUGUUGAAACAAGAGCAAUCCGGGGUCAUUGAUGCCGAACUUACCAUCGUUUUGUCCAGCAUUUCAAUGGCUUGUAAGCAGAUUGCAUCCUUGGUCCAACGAGCCAGCAUCUCGAACCUCACCGGAGUCCAAGGAGCCGUUAAUGUUCAGGGAGAGGAUCAGAAGAAACUCGAUGUCGUAUCCAAUGAGGUGUUUUCAAAUUGUUUGAGAUCAAGUGGAAGGACCGGAAUCAUUGCGUCGGAGGAGGAGGAUGUACCCGUGGCGGUGGAAGAGAGUUACUCCGGCAACUACAUUGUGGUGUUUGAUCCUCUUGAUGGAUCAUCCAACAUUGAUGCUGCCGUUUCAACUGGUUCUAUAUUCGGAAUCUACAGCCCCAAUGAUGAGUGUCUCCCUGAUAUCGGUGAUGACUCUGCGCUAGACAGUGCGGAACAAAAGUGCAUCGUUAGUGUAUGCCAGCCCGGAAACAACCUUCUAGCAGCCGGUUACUGUAUGUACUCGAGCUCCGUAAUCUUUGUGCUCUCAAUAGGAACGGGUGUCUACGCAUUCACCCUAGACCCAAUGUACGGUGAGUUUGUCCUCACUCAAGAAAAGAUUCAAAUUCCCAAAUCGGGAAAGAUUUACUCCUUCAACGAAGGAAACUAUCAACUUUGGGACGACAAGCUCAAGAAAUACAUGGAUGAUCUUAAGGACCCUGGGCCUUCAGGCAAGCCGUAUUCGGCUAGGUAUAUUGGUAGUUUGGUUGGUGAUUUUCAUAGGACACUUUUGUAUGGGGGGAUUUACGGGUACCCGCGUGACAAAAAGAGUAAGAAUGGUAAGCUUAGGCUAUUGUAUGAGUGUGCACCAAUGAGUUACUUGGUUGAACAAGCCGGUGGAAAGGGGUCCGAUGGCCAUCAACGAGUACUUGACAUCCAACCAACCGAGAUUCAUCAAAGAGUUCCUCUAUACAUUGGAAGCGUAGAGGAAGUGGAAAAAUUGGAGAAGUAUUUGGCUUAAAAUUUUAUGUAAAAUAUGCAAUUGCUUGAAAAAACAAAAGUGAAAAGGGAACUAAAGUUUGGUUGAGGAGUUUUUCAUGGGGAUCUUUGUUUGUAUAUUUGAUAUUUCUCACCCAAAUUAUUACUUCUAAUUUUCUGAGGCUUGUUGCUUGUUCAAGAAACGUAAGUGAUAUGAUAUCCACAUGUAACAUCUUGAAAGUUUUGUGCCUAGAAUAUUAUAAUUAAA